CCCUUUACGCCACAAAACGAGCGGCAUACAGAAGCUAUUAGUCAGUCGGCGCGAGAACGUGAACCGAGUUGUGCAGCGCGGUGUAUUCAUGUACCUCUACGAUAAUAGCACCGUUAGUAUGUCAUCGUCGUUCCAGUCUUCAUUUACAAUUGAUAGUAUCCUAUCUCGGCCUACAUACCGUCCUCGCUGUAGUGCGGCCCCAGCACCGUGCUUGUUCUCGCAUGCGUACCCUGUUAUCCCCGCACCGCCAGGCUAUCUCGUAGGCUUUCCGAGGUAUGCGGACGUACUCAGGUCCCAGCCAAAGCGCAAGAGAAGACACCGAACGAUAUUUACAGAGGAGCAACUAGAGUUACUCGAGACAACCUUCCAGAAGACGCAUUACCCCGACGUGCUGCUGCGAGAGGAACUCGCCAUGAAAGUUGAUUUAAAAGAAGAGAGAGUAGAGGUUUGGUUCAAAAACAGAAGAGCCAAAUGGAGAAAGCAAAAACGCGAAGCCGUCGACUCCAAAAAGGCAAAUGAGGAGGACCUUUUACAGCAAGCGGACUCGCCACUGACAGAAGAGAAUCCCGAGAUGUGCGAGUCAAUUGAGAAACCGAGCAGCCCUGUGACCGCGUACAGAGACUCUAACCUUAUCAAAGACUGUAGCUCGAGCCUGACGAGUAAAGAGUUGCUCUGUGGCUUUAGCUCAAACUCUCAUCAUCAUAACAUUGCCUUCUGUUCUUAAUAGGAUUGUGGAACAUGAGUUAAAUAUCAAAGUGUACAGAAUUAAGCAUAUGAGAAGAGUGAUGUUCUUAUUUCGAAUGCGGUACCACACGAAUGAAAGCAGCUUGAUCGCCAUCUGAGAUGACAGGGCGUCUUCUAAUGGUUACUCCUGAUCAUAAAGCAACUCAGAGCAAUAGGAGCCGAAUAAGAGGGCAUUGUAACUAGGAAGCUGAGGCAUCGUUAUAGCAGCAUGCAAUUUCGUAAAGACAAGUCAAGGUAGUGUUAUCUUAGUGGUGCGUUGUAAAGGUAGUGCAAAGGAUUUUUCACUUGGAUAGCAUGCAAUUCUCGGAGAACAUGCCUUGUACAAAGCGGCAGAUCUCAUUUGUAGGCACACUCCUCCAAGAGCACUGACGCUGAGCUUGUCCAUCGUAGUUAGGUGAUAUUUUGUUACAUCUAGUUAACUUGGUGAGAAUCUUACUAUGGAUAAACUACCCCUUUUUUGAUAAAACAUUAUGCUUUUGCUGAAAAGGUGGGAAUGCAUUGAGAAUUUCCUCACGUGUCGCAGAAUCUAGAUCAAUGUCUUCUUUUUCAAUUUGGAAUUGCUCAGAAAACUUUAUGAAAACUAAUUUGUUCAAAAUCAGGAAUAAAGGAGUUCUUUGUUCCUGAAUCUUUGUUUCUAUUAAUCGAUCUUAUUAGUUUUGAUGCUCACGGUAUUCUGCUGACAAUAAUGAAAAGCCUCCAAAAGGAUUACCGAACAACUUUGUACACCAUCUAAGUAAACAUUUCGGCUAGCGCCGUGGGCUUGACAGACGGGGUCGGACGAUAAAAGUGAUCCCGGGUAUUGUGUAAUUCGCAACACGUGCCGUGAAGCCCAUAUGGUACGGCGAAUUCAUAGUAUUCACGGGAAACACUCAGCUUUAUAGUGUUACGCAUUGUGUUCUUUGUACGGAAUAAAAGCUUGACAAACAACUUAGCGAGAAAGCCCUUUGUAAAACUCGUAAUUCGCGAGAAAUUCAAACUUCGCGAAAGCGUAGAAUCAAGCUUUAACAUUCUAGAUUUUGAUGAGGGUGUGAACUAUAUUUAUGGCUUUUAGUGGAACUGUAACCAACAUAUACUUGAUAGGAAGUCAUAGUAAACUCAUAGAGAUACUAUAUGGUGGCGGAUUAGCUUGAUGGUAAGUUUUCGCAGACUGUUUCUGGCAAUUUUUGGUGUUCUCCCGCCAAGCGCCCUGACCAGCUCAUCGAGUACAGGGCAGAAGUCGUUAUCUAUUUUCAAGGCGUCUGCGUUCAUUAGCGCAUCUAACGGCCCUUAAUUACGUGCACAUAUCAUUGUAUAUUAUUCUGACGUUUGACUUGUUCAAGAUUACUGAAAUUACUAUUUAUUAUUUUAAAUGAGAAUAUAGAGAAUGUACAGGGCAUAUACUUUUAUUUCAAGCGUGUAAUGAAAGUAAUUUUGUUAGCGUUGUUAGGCAUUGUAACAAUAUUGCAAGGCCUUAAGUGAAUAAACAGUGUUUUUAACA